AGAAAAACAAACAAAUCAGGAGUUUUCUCUCCUCUCGUACAAUUAACUAUUCGUAGCUUCGCUUUCAAAUGUACCGCCAUGAAAGGAAAAGAAGCUGGUUUUAUAACUAAAAAAAACACGAAACAAACAAGUGGAAUUUAUUUAUUACGUUUAAACGAGCCGGGGUUCGUCUUCAGCAGCAGCUUAGCUCAAACGUUAGCCCGGGAACAGACAUGAUUGGACUCCGUUUGUUUCGUUGGUUUGUCCAUUGACCGACUGAAGCGACUGAGAGCAUCAUGGCGGCGUCCACCAGCAGCCUGUCUCUGCUGGGCUCCAAGCAGCCGUCGGUCCACCUGAUGGACUUUAUGAAGACACUGGCUGACCCGAGACCAGCCGUGAAGGAAGAUCCAGAAGACGAGCCAUCGGUCCUCGCUCUGAGGGAGGUCUCUGUCCGCCUGGUGGACUGUAUGAAAACUCCAGGACCAAACGGUCACAUCGUCCGUCAGGCAGCAGAGCAGAGUUACACCAGCAUCGAGGUCGUGUUAAAAGAGGAGGAUGAGCCGCCGGAGGCAGACAGCGACUCUGAUGAUUCGUGGCAGAUAAACUCGGAGCUGGAUCAGCACCAGGAGUGGCGCCACACUGACCUCGGAGCAGAUAUCAAUUUAUAUAAAGAAGAAAAAGUGCCGGAGUGUGACGACAGCGACCUCAGCUCUGAGGAAGCUAAAGGUAAAGAACUUCAGCCAAGUCACGCAGGGGCUGAUGGGACACUGUUAGAGUUUCAGGAGGAUGGCGGCAGCUCAGAUGGAGUGACGUGGCUCAUACAGGACUACAAACUACCAGAAUCCCUCAAAUCAGCCAUGCUGAGUGAUGCCAGCAGUGAUUCAGAGGUGUGUCAGGAGGAAGGAGAGGGCACCAACGCAAAGUCACAACGUAGACGGAAACGCAUCUCCACACCGGAGCAACGUGGCACUGAGGCAGAGGAAGAGACUGAAGAUGGAGGAAUGACUGAACCUAGAGCUACCAUCCCUUCUCCUGUGUCUGUGACAAAUGAAGGUGGAGCAGAGAACCUGCAGGAAAGUGUGUCCGAGCCCCGAUCUCUCCACUGCGAGCACUGUGGGAAAUCCUUCGUGAGGAGGAGCAACUUGGUCAGACACCAGCGGCAUCACUGCAGCAUGACGGGAGGUAAACUUAGCCAGACGGAGUCCGAACAGACAGAGCAGGAGACCUUUUCAUGCAGGAGAUGCAGCCUGACGUUUCGCACUAAACGGCACUUGAAGCUGCAUGUACGCGUUCACAAGGAGAACACAGAGAACAGCGAGGGCAAAGAAACAGUUGACGAGGCUCCACGGAAAAGAUGUCACACCUGCACACAGUGCAAUAAGAGCUUCUACUUGUUGCACACCCUCCGACAGCACAUACUCACCCACACUGGGGAGAAAGCUUUCAGCUGCAAGGUGUGUGGAAAGCAGUUUGGGAGGGAAGGAACUCUGAAGGAGCACCAGCUGAUCCACACCAAGGAGAAACAGUUUACAUGUGAGAAAUGUGGCAAGACCUGCGCCAGGAGGGGAGACCUCAAAAUCCACAUGAUCAGUCACUCUGAGGAGAGACCGCACAGCUGCAGCCACUGCGCCAAAAGCUUCAAGCAGCUGGUGAAGCUGAAGCAGCACGAACGCAUCCACACGGGGGAGAAACCGUACCAGUGCACGCUGUGCUCGAAGCGGUUUCGAAUCCGGGUGUCGCUGGCGGCGCACCAGUACACCCACACCGGAGAGAAGCCCUUCAAAUGCACGCUGUGCCACAAGGCCUUCAGUGACAAGAACAACCUGAAGAAGCACCAGAUCAUACACACCGGGGAGAAACCGUACAGCUGCUCUUACUGCGGCAAGGGCUGCCGCCUCCUGCAGCAUCUCGUCAUCCACGAGCGCGGCCACACGGGGGAGAAACCGUACACCUGCGACUUGUGCGGGAAAGGCUACUCCCACCUGUCCACGCUGAAAGCUCACCAGGUCAGCCACAAGGUGAAACCGCCGCGCUGCUCCCUGUGCGGGCAGGAGUUCGCCGAGCUGGCGGAGCUGACCAAUCACGACUGCGAAGAGACGUCGGAGAAACCGCACCGCUGCUCCCAGUGCGGCAAGUGCUUCUCCCAGGCGUCGAACUUGAAGAAGCACCAGCUGAUCCACUCCGGGGAGAAACCCUUUCACUGUAAAGACUGCGGGAAGCAAUUUAACCACAAGAGCAACCUCACCAAACACACGCGCAUCCACACAGACGAGAGGCCGUUUGCGUGUGAACACUGCCAGAGGAGCUUCAGGCUCCUGCAGCACCUCACAAACCACCGACUAACACACAAGAAAGACUCUGUGGAUCAGAGCUGUUGAAGCUGCCACUAACGGCAGGGCUGCCAGUUCAAUUCCCGGCUCUUUUGCCCUUGGGCAAGACACUGAACCCCACAUCUAUCUUAUAUUAGAGUGACCAGACGUUUAACUUAUGCUUGUUUUGGCCAACAGGGGGGGCUAGCUGCUAGCUAUAGCAGUUUCAGAAGUGAAGCUAAAACCAUCAAAACAGAGCUAUCCAGAUUUUUCUUUUAUUUAUUUUGUUGUCUCUACAGGCAGAGAAGAGGUUAGCUGGCUCAUUGGUGAGGAGUUCAUAACCGGGCAGUGAGCAAACAGAAACAAACAUACCUAACGUAAAUUAGUUUUAAUGUUGGAAAUGAAGAAGAAGUUGUCCAGCAGUUUGCAAUGGACUCCACAUGUUCCUGUUUAUCAUUGCUCCAUUUCUGCUCACAAACACAAACCAUGUUAAAUGGCUCCUCAGUAAUAUUAUGUGUGAAGCAAGUGCCUUUGAUUUACAUAUUAUUGCCAAUUAGUGUGUGAAUUUAAUUAAUGUGACGAUAUUUAGAAAGUCUAACAAACGUCAAAAUGAAAUAACAAACAAUAUAUUUAAUAUUACUCGAUUGUAACUAGUUUUGAGUGUAAACUGAAUAACAGAUUAAACUGGUUCUUUUUGUCAUAAAAGGUUAAUCAGAGUCCAUUUAAUCUUUUCAUAAAUUCUUGUUUUAAGUGUGACUGUUGCUUAAUUGUGAUAAAUAGAAGUUUGCUACUGGUAAGUGAACGAUUACUCAUCUGCCAAUAGAAAUGAUUGUUAUAAUAUUCACUGAUUAUAAACAACUGUAUGGUAAAUGUUUAACAUACAAGCUGCUAAUGGAAAUGUAGUCGUUUGGAUUUCACAUCAAGUAAAUUAACACUGACAGACUGCAGCUUUAUACUGAAGAUGACUCACAUGUGAUCAGUUAUUUUACCACCAGGUGGCGCUGCUGCUUCCUCCCCAGCCGCCUCCACCUCCUCACAUGUGACCCAUCCACAGCCUUCAAUGUUGGGGGUGGGAAAAAAAACCCAGAGUCCACAAAUCCCGACCGGAAGUCCUCACAAGGUUGGUGUGAUUACCUGGAAAUUACAUUUUGUCCCAAACCCACCAGAAAAAACUAGAAUUGCUUCACAGCUUGGCUUAAAGUUGCUGUUGGAUUAAUGUCAAGAUCAAAUUUGAAAUGUAAGAAAUAAGACUGGAUAUCUGUCACACUGUUUUUACGAUUCACCUUAAUUUACAUUUAUAUCGAUUCACUGCUGCUCCUCAGCCACGUUUACAACCUACAAGUUUUAUUAGUAGAGACCUAAUACAUGUUUGUAUUGAUGAUAA